AACUGGAUCGCCGAGAACUUGCCUUCCCGGCGACCUGUUUGGCAGGGCGGGGCGCCUCGCGAAGAUGGUGGCGCGCCGGGCGUGUGGCUCCUGUCGUCUGCCCAAGUCCCAGUGCAGCGCAGUGGCCCGCGUGUUGCUGGUUUGGAGCUCUCGCCCGCCGGGCCCCUGACCCUGCGCCCCCCGCGCCCUGUGCCCGGUAUGCCCCGCGCUCGUAAGGGCAACACCCCCCGCAAGGGCGGCCAGCGACGUGGAGGAGGUGCCCGGAGUAGCACCCAAGCCGACUCAGGUUCCAGUGAGGAUGAGGCAGCCAGCGAGGCCCGUAGCACCACCAGCGAGUGCCCCAGCCUGCUCAGCACCACAGCGGAGGACGGCCUCGGGGCCAAUGGCGUGGAUGAGCAGGGCCAGCAGGAGGAGCUCGAGGAGAAGCUGAAGGAGUAUGUGGACCGCCUCACAGACAAGAGUGCCAAAAUCCGGCAAGGCGCCCUGGAGAGCCUGCGCCUGGCCCUGGCAUCCCGCCUCCUCCCCGACUUCUUGCUGGAGCGCCGCCUCACGCUGGCUGACGCCCUGGAAAAGUGCCUCAGGAAAGGGAAGGGCGAGGAGCAGGCGCUGGCUGCUGCCGUGCUGGGCCUGCUCUGUGUGCAGCUGGGCCCCGGACCUAAGGGCGAGGAGCUGUUCCACAGCCUGCAGCCCCUGCUGGUGUCUGUGCUUGGUGACAGCAUGGCCAGCCCUGUCGCCCGGCUCCACUGUGCUUCUGCGCUCGGCUUGAGCUGUUACGUGGCCGCGGCCGACGUCCAGGACCUGGUCUCUUGCCUCACCUGCUUAGAAGGUGUUUUCAGCCGGUCCUGCGGUGUCAGCUCCACGGCUCCCGUGGUUCCUGCCAGUCUGCACGGCCUGCUCUGUGCUGCCCUGCAGGCCUGGGCAUUGCUGCUCACCAUCUGCCCCAGCUCCCACGUCCGCCACAUCCUCUCCAGGCAGCUCCCCCGGCUGCCCCAGCUCCUGUCCAGCGACAGCGUGAACCUGCGGAUCGCGGCUGGUGAAACCAUCGCGCUGCUCUUCGAGCUCGCCCGGGACCUCGAGGAGGACUUCGUGUGCGAGGACAUGGAAGCCCUCCGCGCUGUCCUGCGCUCACUGGCCACCGACAGCAACAAGCACCGUGCCAAGGCCGACCGCCGGCGCCAGCGCUCCACUUUCCGUGCCGUGCUGCAUUUCGUGGAGGGCGGCGAGUGUGAGGAGGAGACGAUCCGCUUCGGGAUCGAGGUGCUCUACAUGGACAGCUGGGCUCGGCACCGCGUCUACGCCGCCUUCAAGGACGCGCUGGGCUCUGGCAUGCACCACCACCUCCAGAACAAUGAGCUCCUCCGUGACAUCUUUGGCCUGGGUCCCGUGCUGGUGCUGGACGCCACCACCCUGAAGGCCUGCAAAGUCCCCCGCUUUGAGAAGCACCUGUACAACGCCGCCGCCUUCAAAGCCCGGACCAAGGCUCGCAGCCGCGUGCGGGACAAGCGGGCGGACAUCCUGUGAGGCAGGGCAGCUGCAGAGAAGGCCGUCCACGUCCCUGCCGCGUUUUUAACCGAAGACAUUCAACAACUGGUCUUCACCAGUAAUUGUCGCUUUAUUUUUGUAAUCAUGAUACCAAAAAAGACAUGGGGUGGGUGGCUGGGGACCAGGACACUUGGGACCCUGGCCCUGUGUCCCUGCAGUCUUUCUGCCCUGCGGCCUCUCCCUGCCCUGUCUCAGGUCAGGCCGAACGUGUGCCUGGCCCAGCCUGUAGGGAAGCAGUACAGGGGCCGCCCCCCUCCUUUCCUUUCUCAGGCCUUGCUCUCCUGGGGCGACCUACUCCCUUGGGGGGUGGCCUUGGACAAAUGCCACCAAGGCAACGCUACCUGGAAUGGAUUAUGUGCUGAUUUUUAAAGAUUAUCAGAGAUAAUUAUUAUUAAACACAGUGCUCAGCCCGCUGA